AUGGGCUCCUCUCGGGCACCCCGGAUGGGGCGUGUGGGAGGGCGAGGGAUGAUGGCAUUGCUGCUGGCUGGUCUCCUCCUGCCAGGGACCUUGGCUAAGAGCAUCGGGACCUUCUCAGACCCUUGUAAGGAUCCCACACGUAUCACCUCCCCCAAUGACCCCUGUGUCACUGGGAAGGGUGGCUCUAGUAGCCACAGUGUCUCCAGCAGUUACAGCAGCUCCAUUUCCAGUUCCAGUGGCUCCAGUGUUGGCUCUGGUGGUGGCUCCAGUGGUUCUGGUGUCUCCGGUGCUGGCUCCAGUGGAUCCAGUGCCGCCCAGGGUAGUUCUUCAGGAUCUUCGGCAUUUAAGCCAGGAACAGGGUAUUCGCAGACCAGCUACUCCUCCGGAUCUGGCUCUAGUCUACAAGGUGCAUCCAGCAGUUCCCAGUCAGGAAGCAGCAGUUCCCAGUCGGGAAUCACCAACUACCAAGCAGGGCAUGGCUCCGCUCUACCAACCAACGCUGAUUCUUCCCGCUUGUUAAUAAGCUCUUCCCAGUCUGGAGGAAGCUCCUCCAUUUCCCAAAGCUAUGGGAUGUCCAGCAGCAGUGGCCAAAAGGUCAGCUCCAACCUGCGUCCCUGUAGUUCCGACAUCCCCGACUCUCCCUGCAGUGGGGGGCCUAUCGUCUCACACUCUGGCUCCUACAUCUCCAGCUCCCACUCUGUGUCAGGGGGCCAGAGGCCUGUGGUGGUGGUAGUAGAGCAGCAUGGCUCUGGUGGCCCUGGAGUGGUUCAAGGUGCCCCCUGUAGCAGUGGAGGCCUUCCAGGCAAGCCCUGCCCCCCCAUCACCUCUGUAGACAAAUCCUAUGGUGGCUAUGAGGUGGUGGGUGGCUCCUCUAAUAGUUAUCUGGUCCCAGGCAUGACCUACAGUGGAGGUAAAAUCUACCCUGUGGGCUACUUCACCAAAGAUAACCCUGUCAAAGGCUCUCCAGGGGUGCCCUCCUUUGCAGCUGGGCCCCCAAUCUCGGAGGGCAAAUACUUCUCCAGCAACCCCAUCGUCCCCAGCCAUGGCUCUUCCAGUUCCAGCGUCUACCAGUCGGGAGCUUCCUCAGCCAUCGUGUUCCAGCCAGUGGGCUCUGGCGGGGUCCAGCCCUGUGGGGUUGGUUUCACAGGCUCUAAGGGGCCCUGCUCCCCCUCCAGUUCUAGAGUCCACAGCAGUUCUAGCAUUUCCGUCAAUUCUGGGUCAUCCUCCCAUCCCUGUGGCAGUGCUUCCCAGGGGCCCUGCUCCCCAUCAGGCACCGGCUCCUUCAGCGGCAGCUCCAGUUCCCAAUCCGGUGGCAAAAUCAUCCUUCAGCCUUGUGGCAGCAAGUCCAGCUCUUCUGGUCAUCCUUGCACUUCUGUCUCCUCCUCGACAUUGAGCGGGGGUCCUGACGGCUCUCCCCAACCUGAUCCUUCUGCUGGUGCCAAGCCCUGUGGCCCCAGCAGCUCUGGAAGGAUUCCCUGCCGCUCCAUCCGGGACGUCCUGGCCCAAGUGAAGCCCCUGGGGCCCCAGCUUGCUGACCCUGAAGUUUUCCUUCCCCAGGGAGGGUUACUUGAUAGUCCAUAA